UCUGGCGCCGGCUCCGCGAGCAACUUGACUUCGGUCCCGGGGCUCUCCACCACGUUACUGUCGCUGCCCGCUUGCCCUGAGGAGUCCCCGCUGCUCGUUGGCCCCAUAACGAUCGAAUUUAACAUACCUGUGGACCUGGAGCUUGUGGCGAAGCAGAACCCGCAGGUGAAGGUGGGCGGCCGAUAUACCCCCAAGGACUGUGUCUCUCCUCACAAGGUGGCCAUCAUUAUUCCAUUCCGCAACCGGCAGGAGCAUCUCAGGUACUGGCUGUAUUAUUUGCACCCAAUCCUGCAGCGCCAGCAGUUGGACUAUGGCGUCUAUGUUAUCAACCAGGCUGGAGAAUCUAUGUUCAAUCGCGCUAAGCUCCUCAAUGUUGGCUUUCAAGAAUCCUUAAAGGACUAUGACUACAACUGCUUUGUGUUUAGCGAUGUGGACCUCAUUCCAAUGAAUGACCAUAAUGCCUACAGAUGUUUUUCACAGCCGCGGCACAUUUCUGUUGCAAUGGAUAAGUUUGGAUUUAGCCUACCUUAUGUUCAGUAUUUUGGAGGUGUCUCUGCUCUAAGUAAACAACAGUUUCUCUCUAUCAAUGGAUUUCCUAAUAAUUAUUGGGGCUGGGGAGGAGAAGAUGAUGACAUUUUUAACAGAAUAGUUUUUAGAGGCAUGUCUGUAUCUCGCCCGAAUGCUGUGGUUGGAAGGUGUCGCAUGAUCCGCCACUCAAGAGACAAGAAAAAUGAACCCAAUCCUCAGAGGUUUGACCGAAUUGCACACACAAAGGAGACAAUGUUCUCUGAUGGUUUGAACUCACUCACCUACCAGGUGUUGGACAUAGAGAGAAACCCAUUGUAUACCAAAAUCACAGUGGACAUCGGGACCCCGAGCUAGCAUUUUGGUACACUAAUAAGAGACCUGAAAAUGGCCAGGGACCUCUGCUGUGUGUCUCUGCCAACCUGCUGGGCUGGCCCCUCUCAUUUUUACCAAUCUGGGUGACAGGUCCCCAUCACUCGUCAUUCAGAUGCCUUUCCAGAUGACCAGGACGAGUGGGAUAUUUUUCCCCCAACUUGGCUCAGCAUGUGACUUCUUAGCUCUACAAGGUGUUUGUCAGUGUAGAAACUGUCAGCCUUUGGGAGAUUCUUCACAUGUUCACAGUGUCAUCCCAAAAUGUCAGAACUGUAUGCAGCCCCAAAUUGGGUGACUGUGGGACUCAUUCCCAGCGGUACAACUGCUAAAUUGUUGUGAAAUAGGUAAGAAUUUUGCUUUAAAUUGUGGUGUUCUUAUUGCUUCAUGGAAAAUUGGAGUGAUGCUGAAAUUGGAUUGGUGUGAUAUUUUUUGGUUGUCAUAUUCUGACAGAAAAACACAAAAUUUCAACCAUUCUCAUUUUAUGCCCUGUCCCCCCCUUGGUGGUAUGCAACUAUUACAAUCACUGUGUGUGUGUCUUUUCUUAGCAAAAGAAUUUUAAAACUUGAGCUUUGAACCUUUUGUCUUGCUAAUGUGUGAAUUCUAAGGCAACUUUAGCCAUCAGAGCAAAAGCCUUGGGUGUUCUCACAUUCAGUGGCCUAUCUCCAGAUUGUCUGAUUUCUGAAUGUAAAGAUUUUUUUAAAAAAUAGCAGUUUGUAGUAUUUUAAAGAACAAAUCAAGUUCUAAUUAUGAUCUAGCUUGAUUUUUGUGUUGAUCCAAAUUUGCAUAGCUGUUUAUUGUUAAUUCAUGACAAUUUAUUUUUCUGGGCAUGCUAUGUAAACUUGAAUUUCCUAUGAAUUUUUAUCGUGGUGUUUUAAAUGUAGGGAGGGGAUUGAGCAUUUUUUAGGGAAAAAUAUAAUGUAUGCUGUAGUGGCCACAACUGGGCCUCUGAUUUAUCUGGCGGGCCGGGUUUUAUGAAGAGCAAAAUCACCUUCUGGUCAAUUGAUGAGGAUAAGGCCUCCCAGUCAGCAUUAUCCUGCCAGACCUCUGGGCAGAGUUCCCCACCCUCCCCAGGUGGGCAGGGUGGAAGGAACCUCAACCACCUUGGACCACCCCUCAGGACCCUAGGCUGUGGGGUUGUCAAAAACAGCUAUCAGGUCAUAUACCAGCCCAUUGCGCCUCCCCAGGUGGAAAGGGUGGGGACCUCUGUUCUGGCAGGGGCUGCCUUCAGGGGCUCUGCCAGCCACACUCCCUGACCCAUCCUGCAUUACCAGUUCUUCUUUCUCCCCUUUCUUCUCUUUCCCUGCCUUCCUCCUUCCUUCCUCUCUCUCUUUUUGUUCCUUUGCCUCGUGCCUGUUCCCUAGAACUUGCCUGUGGCACUCAGGGUCAACCAGACUAUUCAUUCUCCAUCAUGAAUGUGCCUUUUAAUUAGAGAUCUAGAAAUAAGUUCAGCUGAAUGCACACCCUGACUCCCUUCUGAGAACUGUGGUGCCUAAUGCCUCCCAUUCCCCCUCAGGUUUUUAGCAGGUGCUCCCACCCUAGUGAGGCUAACCCACCUCUGCUGGGAGAUGUUUUGCCACUUGGGGUGAAAUGUCUGAGGUGCUUCCUACAACUGAGCGCCUUUGCCAGGUCCAGCCUGGGCUGAGGUCCUAAGAUUCAGCUGCCCAACCCCAGGAUUGAGCCCUUUGCUUGUAGCAGCCUGGACCCCAACCACUGCCUCCUGGGCACUAGCCUUCAGUGUGGAGGCUGAGCUAGUGCCCAGCCCCAAUCUUAUCUGUGCCUUUAUCACUUUGAGCUUCUCAGAUGCUAACUUGGUUCUUUUUCCAGAAGCCUUUGUAUUGGUUAAAAUUAUUUUCCACUAUAGAAGCAGCUGGACUAUGCAAAGAGUAUUUCCUCUGUCAGUUACCUGCUCCUUAAUAACGAUGUUAUUAAAACUAGGAAUGACUGCACUGAGAAGGAGUUUUGAGAAAUGCAAAGAAUGAAGGACUCUCUUUCUGUCCCCAGAUUCUGACUUUUCCAAAGUGCCUUAAAAGAAAGGAGACAAAUGCCUUGGGUGGCAACUUCUUUGUUACUUUACUCUUAAAAUAAAAUUCUGCCUUUUUUCUUUCAUUUUUUCCUGUUACAUUUUCAUUCAUGUGAAGUACAUGGUUCAUUCGCAGAACCAGGGGGAACACUGCUUCACCUGCUCCCCCCAUUUGCUGAUCUUCCAGUGCUCUCAUGGGGCCCAGCUAGGCCCAUGGCACAGUUAGGCCUGGACGUUUGCCUGAUUCACGAGAUGCUGCAGGUCCUGUUCCUCAUGGGGGAUUCUAGGGCUGAGGGUUCAGGGAGCAUUUCCUUUACCUGGGAGUUAUGUCCCUGUAGUGGUCAUCCCUUUGCUCGUGACCCUGUGUGAAAUGGCAUACGAGAAAGAGCAGAGGUGGUGGCAUGGGAGGGUAAAGGAAAUGCCGUGCCAGCCCUCAGACUGGGCAGGUCUCUGUCGACAACUGAGCUAGGUGUGGGGAGCCCACACAGCCAGGACGACAGCUUUCCUGUCCUAGAGACCCAUUGUGCUAUGUAUUUUGAUUCCCUGUGUAUGCAAAGUAUGUAUUUACCAUUGUAAGGGGGGAAUGUGUGUGUCUGACUUUGGUGUUCAAAACAGAUAAAACUGUAUUUUUGCCUUUAAAAUCCAGUAAUAUAACAUGAAUAAAUGGCCCUAUCUUUGUAACCACA